AUGGCUAAGAAGAAUAACAAGACCCCUGUCAGCAAGAAGGCUGCUAGAAAGCCUAAGGCUACAAAGAAUUUUACGGACUUUGUCUUGACAAUUUCUGACGAUGAAGAGGGCAUUCCUGAUUUGGACAUUGAUGGUGACGAAGACGACGAGAAAACGAUUAAAGAUACAGUAACCGAAAAUAAAAAAGCCAAGACCAAGACAAUAGCAGCAAAGGCCAAUAAGAAAAAGACUGAAGCCAUCAAGGAUGAAGAUGGAACCUCUCUGAACCCUGACUUCAUUUUCUCUGUGGAGGAUGAAGAUGUGGUUGAAGAAUUUAAUGGUUGGGACUUUACAGGUCAUGAUAGUGGAAAAGUUAGGACGUUAGUUGAUUUGGAUGGAAUUAUAAGGAGAAAGGGUGGCUUAGGUGUUGUCGCCUCUACUGGUGAAAAAAGUGAUUUGGCCGAAGCUGUAGAUGAGAAUUUAAUAGACGAAGAAGAGGAAGACUUACCAAUAGAGAAUGAAGAUGAGGGAAUCGAUGAUGAAGAACUAGCCUUGGACGGAUUUGGAAUGGGUGCAAAUCAAGAGGAAGAUGUGGUUGUAGAGGAAGAGGUUGAAGAUGAUCCAACUCUUGCUGAACCCGAACCCGAAAUUACGGAGCAAGUGGAGCCAGAAGAUAUACAAGAACCUGAAGACACUGUUGAGGAAGUUAAUCGAUACUUCGACCAAACCAAGAAUCAAGAAGUCAACAAAUCUGUUCAUGUGACAUUUCAAUCUCUCUCAUUGUCUAGACCGGUUCUCAAAGGUUUGUCCACUCUGGGAUAUACCAAACCUUCUCCAAUUCAAAGUGCUUCCAUUCCGAUAGGGCUGUUAGGUAAAGACAUUGUUGCUGGAGCCCAGACCGGUUCCGGUAAGACUGCUGCAUACAUGAUCCCUAUUAUUGAGCGUUUACUGUUCAAGCCAUCAAAAAUAUCGGCUACCAGAGUUGUUGUAUUGACCCCCACACGUGAGUUGGCAAUUCAAGUUAACGAUGUUGGUAAAAAAAUCAGUCAAUUUGUCAAUGGAAUAGAGUUCGGACUUGCUGUCGGUGGUUUGAACCUUAGAAAGCAGGAACAAGAACUCAGAAAAAGACCUGAUAUUGUGAUUGCUACUCCUGGUCGUUUUAUAGAUCAUAUCAGAAAUUCUCCAAGUUUUAGCGUUGAAAGUGUCGAAAUUCUGGUUAUCGAUGAGGCUGAUAGAAUGUUGGAAGAUGGUUUCCAGGAGGAGUUGAAAGAAAUAUUGACACUACUUCCUGGAAAGAAACAAACAAUGCUGUUUUCUGCUACCAUGAACAACAGCAUCAAAGAUUUGAUUCAGUUGUCAUUACACAAACCUGUGCGUAUUAUGAUUGAUCCGCCCAAACAGGCGGUAUCCGGUCUGGUUCAAGAAUUUGUGCGUCUAAGAAAGAAUUUGGAAAUGAAACCAGCAUUAUUGUUUGACAUUCUAACAAAGGUGAACCCUUCCCAACAACAUAGAAUUGUGGUGUUCAUUGCUAGAAAGAUGGACGCCCAUAAACUGCGUAUUAUUUUAGGUUUGCUGGGAUUGAAAGUGUCUGAAUUACAUGGAUCGCUGACACAAGAACAACGUCUGAAGAGUAUCACAGAUUUUAAGAACUUAACAGUACCGAUUUUAAUUUGUACAGAUUUGGCUUCCAGAGGUUUGGAUAUUCCAAAGAUUGAGGUUGUUAUCAACUAUGACAUGCCCAAGACUUACGAUAUCUACCUUCAUAGAGUUGGAAGAACUGCCAGAGCAGGAAGAGAAGGUCGCUCCAUCACUUUUGUCUCUGAAUCCAACCAGGACCGUGCUAUUGUACGUGAAGCAAUGAAGGGUAUUGCCACCGCUAAGAAUAGAGCGUUAGGAAGAAAUGUUGAUUGGGACAGUAUUGAAAAGAUUCAUCAGUUAAUUGAGGAGAAAGCAGAAACCAUAGGAGAUAUUCUUUCUGAAGAGAAAGAGGAAAAGCAAUUUUUGCGUGCUGAAAUGGAGGUCAGAAAGGGAGAAAACAUUCUACAUCACGGAGAAGAGAUAAUGUCAAGGCCCAAACGUACGUGGUUCCAGUCUGAAGCUGAUAAGAAAAAGGAAAAGCAAAAAUCAGAGCAACAGAUCAACUCCAAGAAACGUAAGCGAUUGGAGGCUAAAAAAGAAGCUGGUGGUGAAAGUAUGUACAAGAAGACGAGAGAUGAUCGAACCUCCAAUCAGAAAAAGAAUUCGACUCGUCAACCUUCCAAAAACCAGAUGAAGAAGAAGCUGGGUAAGGUGAAGAGUAAAAGAUGA